AUGCCGGAAGACUCUACAUCGAUCGACUACGUCAUGGAGAAGGCAUCGGGGCCUCACUUCUCCGGUCUUCGCCUCGACGGCCUCCUCUCUUCCCCGUCCAAAUCAUCCACCUCUUCUCCUUCUCACUUCCGCUCCGGCGUUCCUCCGUUCUCCCUGAUUUCCGAUCCCGCCGCUCCUAAUCAGCCGUUCGUCAUCGGAGUUACUGGUGGUACUGCUUCGGGUAAGACCACGGUGUGUGAUAUGAUCAUCCAGCAACUUCAUGAUCAUCGCAUUGUUCUAGUUAAUCAGGAUUCCUUUUACCGUGGUUUGACUGCUGAGGAGCUGGCUCAUGUGCAAGAAUACAAUUUCGAUCAUCCUGAUGCUUUUGACACUGAGCAGCUUUUGCAUUGCAUUGAUACGCUCAAGAGUGGACAGCCUUAUCAAGUUCCAAUUUACGACUUUAAGACCCAUCAACGCAAAGCAGAUGCUUUUCGCCAGGUCAAUGCUUGUGAUGUCAUAAUUUUGGAAGGGAUUCUACUUUUCCAUGACUCACGAGUUCGGGAUCUGCUGAAUAUGAAGAUCUUCGUUGACACAGAUGCUGAUGUGAGGCUUGCUCGCAGAAUCAGGCGUGACACGGUUGAGAGGGGUAGAGAUGUUGAUUCUGUGCUUGAACAGUAUGCAAAGUUUGUGAAGCCCGCGUUUGAUGAUUUUGUGCUCCCUUCAAAGAAAUAUGCCGAUGUGAUAAUUCCCCGAGGAGGUGACAAUCACGUUGCUGUAGAUUUGAUUGUGCAACAUAUCCACACAAAACUGGGGCAGCAUGAUCUCUGUAAAAUCUACCCAAAUGUUUUUGUUAUCCAAUCAACUUUUCAGAUAAGAGGCAUGCAUACACUCAUUCGAGAGAAGGACAUAUCAAAACAUGACUUUGUGUUUUACUCAGAUCGCCUCAUUCGUCUGGUUGUGGAGCAUGGUCUUGGCCAUUUGCCAUUCACUGAGAAACAAGUAGUUACCCCAACAGGAGCUGUGUAUAGCGGUGUUGAUUUCUGCAAGAAACUUUGUGGGGUCUCAGUCAUUAGAAGUGGUGAAAGCAUGGAAAACGCCUUACGCGCAUGCUGCAAAGGGAUUAAGAUAGGGAAGAUUCUUAUUCAUCGUGUCGGUGACAAUGGAAUGAAGCUUAUAUAUGAGAAGCUUCCAAGUGAUAUCUCCGAGCGCCAUGUCCUGCUAAUGGAUCCGGUUUUAGGCACAGGUAACUCUGCAAGUCAAGCGAUAGAACUACUCAUACAGAAAGGAGUUCCUGAAUCCCACAUUAUAUUCCUCAAUCUUAUCUCGGUUAGUCUUGAAUUACAUAACUUGUUCUCUAUCUCCCAGUCACAAACUCACAAACGAUUCCACGUUCUGCAGGCUCCAGAAGGAAUCCAUUGCGUUUGCAAACGGUUUCCAUCAUUGAAGAUUGUGACAUCGGAGAUAGAUCUGUGUAUAAACGAAGAGUUUCGGGUUAUACCAGGCUUGGGUGAGUUUGGUGAUCGCUACUUUGGUACUGACGAGUAA